CCGUUGCCAGUUGAGGCUCGUCGCUCGCACCGCCUACAACGGCUGUAGCUUCUUCGCCGCGCCGUUCUAUAGCUUCCCCAAGACUUAAACGUAUCCUGGAUAGUCGAACCAGCCAUGGUGCCCUCUGUGGAGCUCAACAAUGGACAGAAGAUGCCGCUGCUCGGCCUCGGCUGCUGGCAGGCACCGGGAGAUGAGGUAGCUGCCGCCGUGGAGGCCGCCCUGCUGGCCGGAUACCGGCACAUCGACACCGCCUACAACUACCUGAACGAAGACGGCGUCGGCCGCGGCAUCAAGGCCGCCAUCGCCUCUGGUAAGAUCAAGAGAAGCGACAUAUUCGUGGUGACCAAGCUGCCAAACAUCGGCAUGCAGGCUGGGAAAGUGGAGAAGUUCCUGAGAAAGUCGCUCAAGUCGCUGGGCCUGGAUUAUAUAGACCUGUAUUUGGUCCACGUUCCUAUCGGUCUGGUGGAGAGGAGCGAGACAGAUGUGUUCCCCUUCGAAAACGGGAAGCUUCUGAUGGACUUCUCGACUGACCUGAUCGCCAUAUGGAAGGAAAUGGAGAGGAUGGUCUCCGUGGGGCUGACCAAGUCCAUCGGCGUGUCCAACUUCACCGUGAAGCAGGUCCGCAAGAUCCUGGCCAUCGCCAAGAUUCCGCCGGCUGUGCAGCAGGUCGAGUGCCACGUCUACUUCCAGCAGACAGAGAUGCGGGAGAUGUGCAAACAGCACAACAUCGCCUUCACUUCCUACUCCUCACUGGGAUCGCCCGGCAGCAAAAUGUUCAUGGAAAAGAUGGGGAUGAAGGUCGAGCUGCCGGACCUGCUUAGUAACCCCGUGGUGCGUCUGGUGGCCGAGAAACACAAACGGACGGCGGCCCAGGUGCUGCUCAGGUUCCUGGUUCAGCAGGACAUCAUCGUCAUCCCCAAAUCAGUCAAAGUGGAACGAAUCAAGCAGAACGGCGACCUAUUCAGCUUCAAGCUGGACGAGGUGGACAUGGGGGCUCUGCGUCUGUUGGACCAGGGAGAGGCCGGCAGAAUCGUCCGAAUGAAGGACCUGUUCCCCAACUCCGACAUGCAUCCCGAAGCUCCGCACUAGACUGAGCCUUUUGGCACUAUUUUGAUGGUCAAAUGUCCUAUGUUUCUCUGGAAGUCAUCAGGUGCGUUUGGAGAGAUAUUCGAGAGAUAUUUUCGUGGUAUUUGUAUUUGUUGCUUUGGUUUUGGUGCAUGGCGCUUAGCAUUAUGUACAAAUAAUCUGUGGUGUGUGAGGUUUUUCGGCGACUCCUGCUUUGUGCCGUAAUAAUUGAUGCGUUUUGUCUCACGCCAGUGUCGAUGCAGCCUCGGCCGUGCCUGGUUGAGGUGUUGAUAGUGUCAUUUCUGACUUCCAUGAGCUACUUUCGGUGCCGGUGUUGCUCUGCUUAUAUUGUAGCCUCGGAGUUGUGUGAAUAAAGUUCAUCCUAAGCUGAAGCGGGCUCGUGGCAAUGGACGACAGCGGCAUGUUUCUGGAUGUUGGCGUUGGCUUACUACAUGAUAUUAGACUAUUUCUGGAUGUUGGCGUUGGCUUACUACAUGAUAUUAGACUAUUAACUGGGGAACGACGACACGAUGUGCAUCACACAUCUCUCGACCAGUCUCUCACACUAGUUUGUCUUCUAAAACGUAAGGUAAUCACAUUUUUCACCAAACCUGCAGCUGUUUUGUUUAAGGGCACACCACAUUGACCUUCAACUCGUCCCCUGCGGAGCGCUAUAAAAGGGUGAUUGUCUGACCUGUUGUCUACCUGAGCAUCUCUCACGGUUCGUGUCCGGCUUGGUCGGGUCCGAACUGCGACCGGUCGGCACCGGCCGGGCCGCUCGCUCUGUCCGUCUCCCUGACCUUGGCCGGCGCGUCCCCCCGACGCGGGUUGGCCGGAUGACGCAGCACCGCGCCGUCCCGCCGCGCAGUCGGAGCCGAAUGCUAUCAUACGAGGACACACGAUAGGCAGUUGGACGCACUGACCAAUCUAGUGGCCGUGUUCGUGUGGAGGUACUUGUGAGUAAAAGCAAUCAAACAAUGUUAGACGAGUACAUUUGAGUACAGCGCGAUGGACCGACUCUCUGGCAUACUCGUAUGCAGUAUGUCAGCAUGACUGGGCUUUUCUACACGGUUCUGGGCGGUUCGCAGUGCUGGUCAUGGUCCCCACCUGAGGACAGGGCAUUCACGUGUCGCCGGCGGCUCGAUAAAGGCCCUCUCUGGGCCGGCGGCCGCAUUCGGAGCUCAGAGUCCGUGCUAUCCGCAGCGUCCAUCUCCGCUCGCCCACCGCCCCCAGCUGAUUCUCAGUGUGAAGCGGAAACGUCAGUGACGAACCAUGGGAUCGUCUGUUGAGCUCAACAAUGGACAGAAGAUGCCGCUGCUCGGCCUCGGCUGCUGGCAGGCACCGGGAGAUGAGGUAGCUGCCGCCGUGGAGGCCGCCCUGCUGGCCGGAUACCGGCACAUCGACACCGCCUACAACUACCUGAACGAGGACGGCGUCGGCCGCGGCAUCAAGGCCGCCGUCGCCACCGGUAAGGUCAAGAGAAGCGACAUUUUCGUAGUGACGAAGCUGCCGAUGAUCGGGAUGCAGGCGGGUAAGGUAGAGAAGUACCUCAGGAAGUCGAUAAAGGCUCUCGGUCUUGACUACGUUGACCUGUAUCUGGUUCACGCACCGCUAGGAUUCGCUGAGAGGAGUGAGUCAGACCCCUUCCCGAUGGACAACGGUAAGGUUGUUCUGGACUGCUCAACCGAUUUGAUUUCCGUAUGGAAGGACAUGGAGAAGAUGGUCUCCUUGGGCUUGGCGAAGUCGAUUGGAGUGUCCAACUUCACCGACAAACAGGUCCUCAAGAUCGUGUCGAAUGCCAAGAUCCCACCUGCAGUACACCAGGUCGAGUGUCACGUCUACUUCCAGCAGCUGAAGAUGCGCGAGGUCUGCAAGAAGUACAACAUCGCCAUCACGGCCUACGCGCCUCUGGCCUCUCCCGGCAGGAAGGUGCUCUAUGAAAAGCGCGGCGUCAAGAUCGAGCUGCCCGACCUGCUGAACAACCCCGUGGUACGUCUGGUGGCCGAGAAACACAAACGGACGGCGGCCCAGGUGCUGCUCAGGUUCCUGGUCCAGCAGGACAUCAUCGUCAUCCCCAAGUCAACCAACGCUGGUCGCAUCAAGCAGAACGGCGACAUCUUCAGCUUCAAGCUGGACGAGCUAGACAUGGAAGCCCUGCGUUUCUUGAAUCAAGGAGAGGCCGGCAGAAGCUUCACCAUGCUCUCGUUCCCUGGCGUUGAACGUCACCCCGAGUGUCCAUUCUAAGUGAAAAAUGUUACGCGUUUCUUAUUCACAAACAGCUGUUUGUUGGUUGUCCUAUUAGCAUAUUUAGAGGAAGAAAUGUAUUUUGUUGUGACGCAUUGCAGAUCCUCUGACCUGGCAGUGUCGCGAGGUUUGUUGCUCCUCUGUACCGUCCGCAGUGAGUCGGUGUCGUCGUUUUGCAUCGUUUUUGCUGUGUGCAGACGUGAGACUAGUCGCUUAUAUCUUCCAUUGUACUGCCAAACGUGCUAUAUCAAGUCCUAAAUGGUCAUGCCUU